AUGGCAAGAGAUUUGACGAGCGAGAAUCAUGACAAGGAGCUUCCGAGCUUGGACGACUCUGAAACCACCAAAUGCACAAUGAUAAUGGAAGAUUGUGAUGAGGACCGCUUGUUCAGUAGAGCCAAUACUCUCACCAAUGAUGGCUAUGAUAGUGCUGCUAAAACCCCCAGUUACUAUGGUUAUGAAAUGAGCGAUCAGGUGCAAGUUCAUCCACAUCAGAUCUAUUUGUUAACGAAGACAAUAACUCUGUAUGUUCGGAAGAUGCUGAAGAACUUCAGAAGGUAAUC